CAGCCCCGUCCUCCCACUCCCAGCCCCAUGCCAGCCCAGCACCCCUGUUCCAGAUUCUCAAAUUGCCAGUCUCCAGAGCAGAACAAGCCCUAGCCCAAUUCCGGCACGAAACCCUUCUUCUUCGACCCUAUUCCGGCACGAAACCCUUCGUCAGGAGCCCUUCGCGAGUUCGUCAGUAGCUUCGUGAGUUUGUCGUCGACCCUUCGUUCCAGCAGCAGGAGCUUCGUGAGUUGGUCUUCCACACUGCGAACCAGCAGGAGCCCUUCGCAAGAUCGUCAGGGGCUUCGUGAGUUCAUCGUCGACAUUUCGAACCAGAAGGAGCUCUUCGCAAGCUCGUCUUCGUGCCUUCGAGCCUUCGUGAGUUCAUCUAAGUUCGAACUUGAUAGGCAUGGCUAGCACAGCGUGUUUUAUGAUUGUGAGCAGGAAUGACAUUCCCAUAUAUGAGGCUGAAGUUGGCUCUGCAGCAAAAAAAGAAGAUGCUGCUCAUCAGCACCAGUUCAUAUUACAUGCAGCUUUGGAUAUUGUCCAGGACCUUGCAUGGACAACAAGUGCCAUGUUUUUAAAAGCAAUUGACCGAUUCAAUGAUUUGGUGGUCUCAGUAUAUGUUACAGCAGGUCAUACGCGAUUUAUGCUGCUUCAUGACUCCCGCAAUGAUGAUGGAAUUAAAAGUUUCUUUCAAGAGGUUCAUGAGCUAUAUAUAAAGAUCCUUCUUAAUCCCCUAUAUUUACCCGGUUCUCGCAUUGCGUCGUCACAUUUUGAUACAAAAGUUCGAGCCCUUGCAAGGAAAUAUCUAUGAGGCUGCCCUUUUAGGUGCUGAGACAGGUACUGAGAAUGGAAAAAAAAGGCUUGGAGUUAUGAAAAUCUUUGGGUUUUAAAUUGCACAUCCAAUUCACUUUGGAUGGGUAGUUCCUUACAAUGGCAUGUUCAAUGUUGUUUUCUUUUUCACAGAUGUCUAGUUCCUUAUUGAAUGUACGCCCAUAAAGCUUUGUAUAGCACAUUCAAUGGUUUCUUUUCGGCUUGAUGAAAGAAAUGCUUCUUAAAAGCUUUGCUG